AGAGCUUGCAUGAGCUUUUUCCUGCCUCAUCUGUUGCAAAGCUGCAGGAGAGGUGGCAGCCCGUGCAUCCUGCCAGCCGAAAACAGAAGAAACUUUGUGUUAACUUACACAGAAUCAGCAGGGAACGCAUUGAGAGAAGGAAAUGCGUCUACCGCGCUGUUACUGGAAGAACCUACGGAUUACACAGCCUGCAUUGUAAAGCCGCUUUCUCAUGCGUAAAAAAACCCAUCUGAUUACAGGACUACACCGAACUUCCCCGUCUGCAAAAAAAAAAAAAAAAAACAGCACGUUUUUUAAGGAGAAGUUGCUCUCUUUUUUUUUAGUGUCACAUUUACAUUUCGAGAAUUUGGAAGUUUUGAUGCCACUUUUUGUGCGAUUGUUGAGGGCUGAAAAAAAAAGUUGUGUGUCAGAGAUUUUGAGGCGCACCAAUCCGUCCGCUCGAAGGAUUUUUGGAGACUGAAGACAUGAGACUGUUUGUCAUCUGCGCGCUUCUGCUGUUAAAAGCACCAGUGGGUAAAGUGCCAAGCCUUUGGCAGUUCCUGCUCUGAACCGCGUUGGCACUCCAGGACGACUUACAGAGCUAGACCAGCACAGACCCACAGCAGGCACUGUCGAAAUCCAAGCUGGAGGUUACUCUUGGAGAUGCCUGCGCCAGUGGCAAGUUCACUGAAUCAGGGCAGUGUUGCAGUCUGUGUCCCGCCGGCUUUGGAGUGGAGGUAGAGUGUGGGAAAGAGGAUACCAAGUGCACACCAUGCCCACAGGGAACAUUUUCCUCAUCCGAAGGCCUCGGCCCUUGCCUUCCGUGCGCCAAGUGCCCACUGAGUGUCCCCAUGUGGGCCUCUUGCUCCGCCACUCAGGACACACAAUGUGAAUGUGACAGCGGCUUCUUCUUUUUGAGCAACCAUGGCCUGUGUGCGUCUUGCUCCAAGUGCAGUCGUGGCGAGGGUGUUAUCCAGGACUGUGGCCCACAGGGAAACAGACUGUGCCAGAUCUGUGGCCCAGGAACAUUUUCUGAGGAGCUGGUUAGCACCAAACCCUGCCAGACCUGCACCCAGUGCUCUGACAGUGAAGUGGAGAUCCGAGCUUGCAUGCCCAACUCUGACACACUCUGCAUGGAUAAGAAGCUGCACAUUCUGUCUCGUCCUGCUCUGGAUGUGCCCGGUGGGACCCGAGAUGUUCCUCUCUUGCCAGGUGUCGAGACGGUGACACAGGAAGGGGACACCGGUUCUGCACCUGGAACGCCCAAGUUUACCCCACAGGAUGAUGGUGGCAGCAACAACAUUCUGGCCUACGUGUCUGUUCUGGCUGCUGUGGUGCUGGGUCUGCUAGUUUAUGUGGCUUAUAAAUGCUGGAGAUCAUGUAAACAGAAGAGGGCUCUCUCUAAAGCCCGUGCAGCUGAGUUGGGAACAUCUCCAGAAGGAGAAAAGCUCCAAAGUGACAGCGGCGUUUUCCUGGACUCCCACAGCAUACAGGACAACCAGCCCAGCAAAGGUACAAAGAGGGACAGCAAGCAGGACAAUCGUCUGUACAUCAACCUACCCCCCCACAGGCAGGAAGAGGUAGAGCGCCUCCUGCAGGAGGGAGGGGGCAGGGGGUGGAGGCAGCUGGGGGCAGCACUGGGCUAUGAGCCUGAACAGCUGGACUUGUUUGGGCGUGGAGAAGCCCCCGCUCACACGCUCCUCUCUAACUGGGCCCAGAAAGAAGGCUCCACCCUGGGGCUGCUGUGUUCUGCACUGGCUCGCAUCGAGAGGCCUGACGUGGUAACAGCUCUUAACUGCCCCGCGCAGGGUGUCUCUGUGGUCUGACAACUCCCCAAACACGUAUGACACUAACAGACUCAAGAGAAGAACUUGAAAUGACAAAAGAGGCACUCUGAUAUCAACACCUCUGUCACUGUUGGAGGCUACCACUGAUGGUUCUGUUUGCUUUGUUGGGACACUUAUAAUUCAGUUUUUACUAACAAAAGAGACCAAAAAUUAUUCUUGUAACACUUUCCUCUAUCCAACUGCAUGUAAAAGUAUCCUGCAAUGUGUCUGUUCAAGCAAAUCACCAGUUAUCAGGGGAAAUUAACUGAAUAUACAGUAUGUCACACCGCCACUACUGAUGGAACAAUUUAUUUCAGUUAUGGUUAAGCCUCAAUGCCUUGCUCAUUGGACACUGCAGAAACCUGGUCAGAUUGGAUUAGACCUACAAUAACCUCCACAUGCGCUAUAAGUACAUAUUCAACAUUGUUUACAUGUACACAAAUUCUGGUUACUGUGAGCAUUCGGUUAGGAGCAGGUAACAGAAUAAUGUGUUUACACGUGUUGCAUGCAUUUGCUCGUUCUAAAACCACUGUUUACAUGUUAUUUGAACAGUAAUCAGAUUUUUCCCAUGCUCCCUCUUAAAAACCUCAGCCUCCCACGUGCUAUUGUAAACAAAUGGACGGCUUAGAUCAUCAGAUUUGUCGUCUGGCUAGCCUUGUUUUAUGAAUCACAACUGCAGCAACCACUUUGGUAUUGCAGUUCAUUUUUGCCAACAACCAUGCUUCAAACAGGAUACGACUUUCCCUAUUUGGAUCAUUUCAGUUCACAUGGUCUUGCCUAAAAAGAGAAAACUCCACCCAAUUAAGAGUUUACACGGCCAAGUGAUCAGAUUUCUCCAGUAGAAAUUCAGUAGAGGUCAAGGGUCUUCUUAACCAUGCCAAUGAUGCUUGUAGUUGGUAUUUUCUUUAUAAGAACACUUUAUCAAAUGUGUAGAUGGGAACUACUCACUAGAUGGUUUUUAAAAUGUGUGGCCUUGUUCUGUUUUUUUCUUAUUAUUUUUCUGCUGCAGUCUCUGAGUAGCCUUGGUAUUUAUUUACACUGAGGUUAUGUUAUGCACCAGUGAUGUUUCAAAUCUCAUCAGAAGACACACAAAAAUGAAGCAUUAUGUUAAAUCUAAAAACACCUUUCCUAGCUCUUCCUAAUAAUCAUCUAUGAUUGUAAAUACCUUAAAUAUUGCUUUGUUUUGAUAAGUCAUGGCUUACAGUGAGAUCUUAUUAACUGUGAAGAAUGAAGAAAAGGAAUAGAGAUUAAUCUUUUCCCUCUAUAUUCAUAAUACACAGCUACAUCUUUGUCACCUUGAUUUCUCAUAUUAGACAGAAAGUUAAAAUCCAAGACACCAUUAACAUCCAAUACACGUGUCCAAGUUGCCAUCUUGCUUUUGUAUUUAUUUCAUCACCAUUUCAAGUCUAUAACUAAAUAAAAUCUAUGAGAACCAUGGACAUCUGCAGUGUGCUAGUUACGCAUAUGUGAUGGCCUCAGAUGGUUUGAUAUUUUUUUAACGCCAGCCAUGUAUGGUUUUGUGUAUAUAUUUCCUGAUGGUUUGCCUCAAUGUGUUUUUUGUAAGAGUUUAUCAUUUAAUAAAUAACUUUGAUAAGUCA